UGUGUACUGCAAUUCCUGCUUCUUCUUCUCCUCUCCUUAAGAAGAAACAGAAAUUCCCCAAAUCUCUCUCUCUCAAUGGCGCUUCUCAUCGAGAAGACCUCCUCCGGCCGCGAGUACAAGGUCAAGGACAUGUCCCAGGCCGACUUCGGCCGCCUCGAGAUCGAGCUCGCCGAGGUCGAGAUGCCCGGCCUCAUGUCCUGCCGCACCGAAUUCGGCCCCUCCCAGCCAUUCAAGGGCGCCAAAAUCACCGGAUCCCUCCACAUGACCAUCCAGACCGCCGUCCUCAUCGAGACCCUCACCGCCCUCGGCGCCGAGGUCAGAUGGUGCUCCUGCAACAUCUUCUCCACCCAGGACCACGCCGCCGCCGCCAUCGCCCGCGACAGCGCCGCCGUCUUCGCCUGGAAGGGCGAGACUCUCCAGGAGUACUGGUGGUGCACCGAGCGCGCCCUCGACUGGGGCCCCGGCGGCGGACCCGAUCUCAUCGUCGAUGACGGCGGCGACACCACGCUCCUCAUCCACGAGGGCGUGAAAGCCGAGGAGGAGUACGCUAAGACCGGGAAGGUGCCAGAUCCGACCUCCACCGACAACGCUGAGUUCCAGAUCGUGCUCACCAUCAUCAGAGACGGUUUGAAGGACGAUCCCUUGAAGUACACUAAGAUGAAGGAUAGAAUCGUUGGAGUUUCUGAGGAGACCACCACCGGAGUUAAGAGGUUGUAUCAGAUGCAAGCUAACGGCGCUCUUCUCUUUCCCGCCAUUAAUGUCAAUGACUCCGUCACCAAGAGCAAGUUUGAUAACUUGUACGGAUGCCGUCACUCAUUGCCCGAUGGUCUGAUGAGGGCCACAGACGUUAUGAUCGCCGGAAAGGUCGGCGUUGUCUGUGGUUACGGAGAUGUCGGAAAGGGCUGUGCUGCUGCCUUGAAGCAGGGUGGUGCCCGUGUGAUCGUGACCGAGAUCGACCCCAUCUGCGCCCUGCAGGCUCUCAUGGAGGGCUUCCAGGUCCUUACCCUCGAGGACGUUGUCUCCGAGGCUGACAUCUUCGUCACCACCACCGGAAACAAGGACAUCAUCAUGCUCGACCACAUGAGGAAGAUGAAGAACAAUGCCAUAGUCUGCAACAUUGGCCACUUCGACAACGAGAUCGACAUGCACGGCCUUGAGACCUUCCCCGGAGUGAAGAGGAUCACCAUCAAGCCCCAGACUGACCGCUGGGUGUUCCCCGACACCAAGACCGGCAUCAUUGUCUUGGCCGAGGGACGUCUCAUGAACUUGGGCUGCGCCACUGGCCAUCCCAGCUUCGUGAUGUCGUGCUCGUUCACCAACCAGGUCAUCGCCCAGCUCGAGCUCUGGAACGAGAAGAGCAGCGGCAAGUACGAGAAGAAGGUGUACGUGUUGCCCAAGCACCUCGACGAGAAGGUCGCAGCCCUCCACCUCGGCAAGCUCGGUGCGAAGCUCACGAAGCUGUCCAAGGACCAGGCUGACUACAUCAGCGUGCCCGUUGAGGGACCAUACAAGCCGGCUCACUACAGGUACUGAGCGAGGAUGAUGAGAGUUGGGGGAAAACAGCACGCUUUGAUCAGCAUCAUGAUCGAGCUAUUUAGGAGUUGGAUUUGAUUUGAUGAGAAAAUAAGUUGGGAGGUUGAACUUUGGUCAUCAUCGGUGGUUUGAUUAUUUCUUUUUUUCUGUUUUUCUUUUGAGAGUUUUCUAAGAAAAGAUGAAGCUGCUGCCUGCAGAUUUGGCAUCUAUAUCAAUAUAUAUGGAGAUGAAAUGAUAUAUCAUUCUAAUAUGUUAGAAGAAUUUUACUUAUUAUUUUCCGGAAA